AUGUCCCAACCUUCCCUGAUCACACAACUCUCGCAUUACAUCCUUGACGGUCUAUGGCAGCUGCAAAGCUGCUUCAACUGCUUCCCGAGCAACCCUAGCCUCAAGAUCAAUGGCCGCAGCUUUAAGAUCUUGAGGCUGUUGGGAGAAGGAGGCUUUUCCUACGUUUACCUCGUCCAAUCACCGGGCGACCCAACACUCUACGCCCUCAAGAAGAUACGAUGUCCCUUCGGCCAGGAGAGCGUCUCGCAGGCAUUAAAGGAGGUGGAAGCCUACAGUCUGUUCACUCCACACCCGAACAUCAUACACGCGGUGGACCAUUCAGUGGAGAGCGAUAGGGGCGAUCCCGGGAGCAAGACUGUGUACAUCCUCCUGCCGUACUACCGACGGGGGAACCUGCAGGAUGCGAUCAACGCGAAUCUGGUCAACCGAGCGAGAUUCCCAGAGCGGAGGUUGAUGGUGCUUUUUCUAGGCGUGUGCAGGGCGCUGAAGGCUAUGCAUCAAUAUCGCGUCAGCGGAGCACCUGGCGGUGAGGGCGCGAGACGGAAAGCGAAGGGCGUGAGACGAGAAGCCGCGGAGGCCGACCUCGAGGCCGCGGAGGAGGUUGUGCAGGCCAACACGCGCAGGAAACGGCGGGAUCAGAGGGGUGGGGAGGACGAUGAUGAAGAGCAGGAUGCGCUUUUAGAGGGCGAGGUCAUGGCAGCGCAGGAAGGUGUUGGUGCAGGGGAGACGAGAGCGUAUGCGCAUCGGGACAUCAAGCCCGGGAACAUCAUGAUCAAUGACAAUGGCACGCAGCCUGUGCUUAUGGAUUUGGGGUCUCUGGCGCCGUCGCCUACGCCUAUUACGAGUCGGGCGUUGGCGUUGCAGGUCCAGGAUCAAGCGGCUGAGCAUUCGACAAUGCUGUACCGAGCGCCGGAACUGUUCGAUGUGAAGACUGGCACUGUGAUAGAUGGAAAGGUGGACAUCUGGUCACUUGGAUGCACUGUCUACGCCUGCUUAGUCGGCAAAUCGCCCUUCGAAGCUCGCUCAGAAGAGACUGGCGGCAGUUUGUCGCUCUGCGUGCUUGGUGGCGACUGGAGAUUCCCUGACGAAGGACCUGCCGAAGCAAAGCGCGGUAAGCAGAGGAUGGUGGAUGCGGAGGAAGCCGCAAACAAGAAAAAGGAAGAUGUGAUUUCUGAGCCUAUCAAAGAGGUGGUGAGGAGGUGUUUGUCGGUUGAGCCGGCGGAGAGGCCGGACGUGGAUGAGUUGAUUGCGAUGGUGGAGAGGGUGGUGGAGGAGCUGCCCGAGGAUGGGGAUGCGGCGUUGGAUAUGGAGUGA